AUGAAGUUUCAACCCUCAGAGAUCCCGCCUGGGACGCCGGCCUUCUUUCAUGAUGCCGCCAACCGCACUUGGGUACCCCUAUACAGCCAUGCCUGCUCCUUUGGGCCGGACAUCUUUGUGGACAAGAUGAUGAACCUCAUCAAGAACCCGAACCUCAACUCGAGCUGGCUCUUUCGCGCCGACAUUCUGUACGACGAGGCCAAGGCCACUACUCACAGCAGCAGCAAUAGCUGCAGUGCUACGUCUGCUGCAAUACGCGACAUGACCCUUGAGCGCACCCUCGUUCGCAGGCUCAUCCCCAGGAACGAGCGGAGAGACAAGCCCCUGGAGCAGACAUGCCUCUUUUACAAGAGCGCGACUCCCAGAGACUUCGCCGUAGUAGGCUCGCUCGAAUCUGGACAAGAAGGCAUGUCUGGAUCUGAGUCUCCAGCGUCUCUCUCCACACUGGUCAUAUACAUGCCCCAUUCGCCCUCAGCAGACGCUCUCCCCUUCUACCACCCCAAAGUCCAAGGCAUCGCGCACCUUCACCAGUGGGACCAGUCAGGCAAAGGCACCAUUUCCAUCCACUUCCUCCCCUAUCCAGAGCACCCUGUGACCGACGCGAGACUCCAGCGAACAGCCUACCACCUCCUCGAAAUCAUUGACAAGCACGGCCACGGCGCGGCAGAGGGCUACGUCAAGAGAGUCAAUCACGACGUGGUCAUCCCGCAGGACAGGUUCCAGAACAGGUACGCACUCCUCAAGAGCAAAUACGCCCGGCGGCUGGUCGACUCGUGGGCCGAGAAGACGGACCCGACCAAGCACGUCUUUGAGGACCUGGGCAUCGCCGCCUUCCUCAUCGAGCUCUGGAACGACAUGUAUCCUCCCGAGGGGACGGCUCCCUUCCCCGGCUUCGUCGACAUCGGGUGCGGCAACGGACUGCUGGUCUACCUGUUGACGCAGGAGGGCUACGCCGGCUGGGGCUUCGAUGCAAGAGAGCGCAAGUCGUGGGCUCAGUACAGGACGGGCGGUCAGCCCUCCCGUUCGGGCUCGUCGCUGGAGGAGCGGCUGCUGCUGCCCGCCAUGAUCUCCAGAGAGAGAGGCGGUCAAGCUGAGGCUGAGGCCGACGCCAAAGCCGACGCAAACCUCAUCGACAACGACGAUGUCGUACACGAUGGAGCAUUUGCCACGGGCACCUUCAUCGUCUCCAACCACGCCGACGAGCUGACCCCCUGGACACCGAUCCUGGCCGCCCGCUCGCGGUGUCCCUUUAUCAUGAUCCCCUGCUGCAGCCACAGCCUCGCUGGCGACAAGUUCCGCGCACCCCCUCCUCGGGACAAGACGAAGGGCAAGUCUACCUACGCGUCGCUGGUGGACUGGGUAUCCACCAUCGCGGAGGACUGCGGCUGGAAGGUCGAGACCGAGAUGCUGCGGAUCCCCAGCACGAGAAACACAUGUCUGCUGGGGAGGACGCGCACGAAAGAAGUGCAGGAGGCGGAUCUCGAGGCCCUCGUCGCAAAGUACGGCGGCACGGGGGGCUACUACGAGAAUGUUGCAAAGCUCAUCAAGUCAGGGCCAAGAGGCCACUGA